AUGCUCUCCCACGAAGAGCAGUUCCCGAUCGACCCUGAUGCGGAAGAGGAGCUCCAUCAGUUCACCUUCCGGGCGGUAUUCGUUGGCUGCGUUUUGGGUGGUGUAAUUGCGGCUUCAAACGUAUACCUGGGCUUGAAGACGGGCUGGACAUUUGGUGCAUCUUUGUUUGGCUCGAUCUUUGGCUUUGCCAUCCUCAAACCAAUGUCGCGUGCCCUGCCCACGUAUCUGGGUGGUGGCUACUUCGGUCCUAAAGAGAACGUCUGCUGCCAGUCAGCCGCCACAGCGGCAGGCAGUCUGGGCUUGAUCUUCACCAGUGGACUUCCAGCUGCAUAUCAACUCGGCCUUCUCGAUAACCCUAAGGCGGACUUCGGCAAGCUCUGCACGCUCACGCUUGCAUGUGCCUACUACGGCAUGUUUUUCGCCAUUCCCCUGCGCAAACUCUAUAUUCUCAAGCAGAAGCUUGCCUUCCCAUCUGCGGUAGCGGCAGCAUACACUAUCAGAUCGCUACACACUGGCAAGAACGCCGAGGCGAAUGCAAAGAAGAAGACUUAUGCAUUGGUCAUCGCCUUCUCCCUCGCCAUCACUUACCGUUGCGUCAGCGAGUACGCUCCCGGUAUCCUUUGGGACUGGCACUGGGGUUGGACACUCUACAGUAUCGGCUGGAAGCAAGCCAUCAAGGUUGAGAACUGGAGCUGGAUCGUCGAGUUCACCCCGGCGUUCAUUGGAGUAGGUUUCAUCGCUGGUGUCAACGCUUCCUACUCCUUUUUCGGCGGCGCCAUCGUGGCCUGGGGGAUCAUUGGACCUGCACUUGUCGCCGCUGGAGAAGCGUUUGGAACACCAAUUGAUCCGGUGAAGUACCCGGGCUAUAUCAACUAUAUGGGCAUGGUACUGGACGACCCGGUCAACAGGCCAUCUCCGCGCUACUGGCUGGUGUGGCCCGGCACGAUGCUGUUGCUUGCAGGCUCCUUCGCUGAACUCGCUGCUAACUGGAAAGCGAUUCUGGGGUCCUUUGCGGCCCUCGUAGAGCCUCUUACCAACAGGUUCCGGAAAGGACGUGGUGGCAUGUAUGACCAAGACCAGAUUGAGGAGCCUUGUCCGCCGAGUGAGCUUGUGCCAACAUGGAUGUGGGGCGGUGGCAUCAUUCUCAGCAUCGUCUUUACCUGCAUUAUCAUGGGCGUGCAGUGGGGUCAGAACGUUGGGGUAACAAUCCUGGCAAUAUUCUUCGCCUUCCUAUUCUCCUUUAUCGGCGUGGAAAGCGCAGGACGCACUAAUAUCAUACCUGUGACUUCUAUCGGCAACGCUGUCCAGCUCAUCGUCGGCGGCACAACCCAUGGUCACGGAACGAUUGCGAACCAACAGACCCUCAACAUUACCGGAGGUCUGCUCGCUCUUGGCGCAUCCGAACAGUCGGCGGACAUGGUUGGAGAUCUCAAGACAACCCAUCUCCUCCGCGCAUCACCACGCGUGCAGUUUUACGCGCAGUGCUGCGGCGCUAUCGUGUCGGUCUUCAUGAGUGUGGCCAUGUACGUCCUUUUCUCCGAGGCUUACCCCUGCAUCAACGACCUCGCUCUUGCGGACAACUGUGCCUUUGCCAUUCCGGACGUUGGAGCUUUUCGUGCGAUCGCAGUGGCAGUUACUUCAACGUCGCUGCCGGUGCCGAGAUCUUCGGGCAUACUUUGCAUCGUCCUCUUGGUAUGGGCCUUUGUGCAGACUUACCUCAAGUACAAGUUUGUGCCGGUCAAAUACCACCAUUACGUGCCCAACUUGGUCGGCAUGGGUAUUGCUUUCAUCCUCAACACCACUACUUAUCCCGCGGCCAUGGCCUUCGGCGCCACUUUUGCCUUUUUCUGGAGGAAGAAUUAUCCGGCGGCCUUCGGUAUGUACUGCUAUGCGGUUGCAGCCGGCAUGAUUGCCGGCGAAGGUCUUGGUGGUAUAGUUGGCGCUGUGCUCCAGGUCGCCAAGGUUUCUGGUAACUACUAUGGAACUGCCAUUGGUUGUCCAGCCAUGGCGUAUUGUGGUUGA